GUCUUUUUUGUUUUUAACGCGAGUUGCAAUGCACUACAUUAUGUUCACAACUUCUAACGGGUAGCUUCAUAAAAACACUGUUGGAAACCAUACAACUGCCAAUUUUGACAACUUUUAAUAGGAUUCUCAGGAUGAUUAGAUGGCCAGGACUCUUCACUGAGACAAAAAGGUCAAGGUUAUCAGGUCAAGCCCCAAAGACUCCCGUUACCAAGGGAACCACUUUAGGGUUGGCCUACCCAAGCGCGCUACCCCUUUGGAGAAAACGAGUGGCCCGUGGCCCUAUCACUCACAGCAGCACUGCGUCAGCCGGCUUCUGAGGCGGAAGGCCCGCCUCCUCGCUAAGGUUACGCCACGAAUGCCGGAAUUGGCUGUUCCGGCGGUGACGUAACCUUCCGUUUUGGGUGGCCUCAGCUCGCGCGAGUGUUGGGGGGAUUCGGGGAUCGUUUAACGCCGCUCCCCGCCCCCUCAGCCCUCAGGGGUGCCAUGAGGUCGGUUAGCUAUGUGCAGCGCGUGGCGCUGGACUUCAGCGGGAGCCUCUUCCCGCACGCCAUCUGCCUCGGAGACGUCGAUAACGAUGCGUUAAAUGAACUGGUGGUGGGAGACACCAGCGGAAAGCUGUCUGUGUAUAAGAAUGAUGACAACCGGCCAUGGCUCACAUGUACCUGCCAGGGAAUGUUGACUUGCGUUGGGGUUGGAGAUGUGUGUAAUAAAGGAAAGAACCUGGUGGUGGCAGUCAGCGCUGAAGGCUGGUUUCACUUGUUUGACCUGACACCCACCAAAGCUCUAGAUGCUUCUGGGCACCACGAGACACUUGCAGAGGAGCAGCGUCCUGUCUUCAAGCAGCACAUCCCAGCCAACACCAAGGUCAUGCUGAUCAACGACAUCGAUGGAGAUGGGUGUUUCGAACUGGUGGUGGGAUACACAGACCGUGUGGUGCGGGCCUUCCGCUGGGAAGAGCUGGCAGAGGGGCCUGAACACGUGACAGGGCAGCUGGUGUCCCUCAAGAAGUGGAUGCUGGAGGGUCAGGUUGACAGUCUCUCUGUGACCCCUGGGCCACUGGGUCUGCCUGAGUUGGUGGUGUCUCAGCCAGGGUGCGCUUACGCAGUUCUCUUGUGCACCUGGAACAAGGAUACUGACUCCCCUCUUGCCUCUGAGGAGCCCGCAGAGGGCAGUAGGGAGACUCCAGCUACCCGAGAUGUAGUGCUACACCAGACAUCCGGCCGAAUCCAUAAUAAGAAUGUUUCCACUCACCUAAUUGGCAACAUCAAACAAGGUCAUAACCCUGAAACUGGUAGCUCAGGCCUGUUUGCCCUGUGCACCCUGGAUGGGACGCUGAAGCUUAUGCAGGAAGCAGACAAGCUGCUGUGGUCAGUGCAGGUAGAUCACCAGCUUUUUGCCCUGGAGAAAUUAGAUGUCACGGGCAAUGGGCAUGAGGAGGUGGUUGCAUGUGCCUGGGAUGGACAGACAUACAUUAUCGAUCACAACCGCGCUGUUGUUCGCUUCCAAGUGGAUGAGAAUAUCCGGGCUUUCUGUGCAGGCCUGUAUGCCUGCAAAGAAGGCCGAAACAGCCCCUGCUUGGUGUACGUCACUUUCAACCAGAAGAUCUACGUGUACUGGGAGGUGCAGCUGGAGCGGAUGGAGUCCACUAAUCUGCUGAAACUGCUGGAGGCUGAGCCCGAGUACCACAGCCUACUGCAGGAGCUGGGUGUGGAUCCUGAUGAUCUCCCUGCAGUCCGUACCCUGCUUCACCAGACACUUUACCAGCCGGACCAGGCACCACAGUGUACUCCCUCAAGCCUCCAGGACCCCACCUAACUGGGAUUAGUUGGUGAAGGAUCCUUCUGAGCCCACCCCAUCUCAAAGUGAUCCAUGAUCUUGGCAGGCUAAGGAAUGUACAUGACAGCAUUUGAUUCUCUGCAUGGAAGGAUGGUGGUGAUCCUCAUGGUCUUUGAUGAAUGAAGAGAUUAGUUGACCCUCUGCCUCCUGCCUUGUGGGCUUCACCUGGGUCACUAGAUCCCAGUCUUGUUAGAGAUCAUCCAGGUUCCUGUGUUUCCCUCCCCACACUCCCCACUCUGUGCAGAAAACAGACCUGUCUGUGAGAACAAGUGACAUCUUUUGCAGGGCCCCAACACCUGGAAGGAGACCAGGCUUCAGGCCUGAGGAGCAGUGGAGGUAAGGGCCCCUCAUGCUGAGUGCCAUCUUUCAUGAUAUGGCUCAGGCAGCUGACAUGAGUAAUUCUUACAGGAACAGCAGAGUGUGUGUGAGAGUAUCUUUCAGGACUUUUACUCUACUCCAUUUACUGAAGCAGCUUGGUCAGGGCUUUCUUGUUUUGUCAUAAUCUUUUUCUUCUUUUCUAUUUAUUUUGUACUCAAGGUAGAGCCCAGGGCCUUGCACGUUAGGCAAGCACUCUGCCACCAAGCCACACCCCAGCCUUGCUAUAUUCUAAAGUGUUAUACAGUAUAAUAGCCCCACCCACCUGCCUGUCCCAAACAUCUUACUGCCUAUGAAACAAUAGAUGUUUGCAGUUUGUUUUCAUGGUAGUGCACACCUAUAAUCCUGGCACUUGGAGGAUUUUGAGUCCCAGGCUAGCCAGGGCCCCAUAGCAAGUUUGAGACCAGCGUGGGUUACGCACAGACAAAAAAGAUAUUAACAAUCUGAUGCGGGUUUAUGUUCUAGACUGUAAUUAGAAUCAUAUCUUGGGCCAUUUAUGUUCUUUCUGUUCAAGGGUAUGUGUGCUCUAAAUAAGUAUUUUUCAAGUUAUAGGUGGGACUCCUUUGAUGGAUAAUGGCUAGUAUAUUUGUGUGUCUGUGUGUGUGCAUGCUCGUGUGUGUGUGUAUGUAUACCUAGGCACAUGUGUGUGGAGGCCAGAAGAGGAUGUUGGGUCUCCUACUUGCCUACUCUACCUUACUUAUUUGAGAUGGUCUCUCUCUGAACCUGGAGUUUGUUGUGUCAUGUAGGCUGGCUGUUUAGUAAGCCUAAAUGAUGCUCCUGUGUCUGUGCCCAGACUGCUGGGGUGACAGGUACCUGCACAGCUUUUUUAUCUUGGUGCCGGGGCCCCAACUCAGGUUUUUAUGCUUGCACAGCAAGUGCUCUUUACCCACUGAGCCAUCUCCUCAGCCCCUGGAAUUUUUGAACUAAUGAAAUAGAACAAAAUAAAAUAGAAAAUGUCAGAGUCCAUUGCUCACAGUG